CAGCUUAUCUUCAAGGGAAAACUACCUACUAAGAGGUAGCUACCGAAGAAACUGAAACGGGUGAAAAUGUGAGUUACGCUAUAGCAGCAGCACCUUUGAAGAUCGGGAGAUCUGGGAUGCCUGUCUCGGAGAAUACACACCUUCGGUAUACCAACCUUGCAAUAGGCUAUUCCCGGUAAGGAUAUGGGUAUCUAUCUUUCCCCUGGCUAGCUUUUCCCACGUGCCCCUCUCCCUCUCGUGAACUCAUGAACCUCGUCGCUAUCCAUAGGAGCUUCCCCAUUCGUCACAUGUGUGCUUUCGAUAACCGCUGGUCAGCAGUGACUCUUAAUACAUUGCCGUCUGAUUCACCUCAUGGCGUGUGAAUCAUUCCUCUGAAGAGUACGACAAACUGGACAAUAAUACUCACUACGAAGAGGCAGGCAUCGGGGGACCAGCUCGCCUAUGUCUCGGCAAUGGUGGUCUGGCAUGGGAUGGUCAAUCUUCUAUAUCUAUCACCGGACUCUACGCCAUCGAUGGUCAAGUUGGAAGCCAUCAUUCUCCCUCAUCCAGGACAGCCCGCCUCAAGCCUCCCUUCAUCCCGCAGAUCUCUUCUAUACUUAAUCAUAUAAUAUUUAUAAUAUCUCGUGCCGCUAACAGGUCGACGCGAUGCCUCAAUUCAUAUUCGUCGAGCUUCCUAGCUUCCGCAUCAAAAACACCAGCGGACAGACGGUACGCCUCAACUACGCACAGUUAGGAUUGGUAAGCGCUUUAUACCAAUUCGUGCGCAGUGGCCUCCGUACUAGCGACCAGGUCGAUUUGUCGGCAUCUCUACUUUUCGCAGACGGAGAAGCAGAUCUAUGGACGGCAAUGGCGGGAGCAGGGGAUGGAGGCCACCACCCGCAUGCCGAGGAGAAUAUGCUGCUGUCGUAUUUCCAGGCGUUCGAUUCCCCGGGAUCUUACCCGAUCGUCGACGCUAUGCUCCUACGGCGCGGUGAGCCUUGCAGCAACUGUGCUGGAUACUUCAACUUGGGCGGCAAGCAUCUACGACCAGUCGAUGGAACACCGGCGUUCCGGGCUAAGUUCACGGCCCGAUCCGACCGUCCGUACACCCCGGUCUUCCAUCUGGCACGUGAACUUGACGCCACACAACGGGCCACCUUAUGGGCCCAGCUAGCACGGAUGCGGACGGACGAGCCCGGACUUAUCGUGGCUUCUAGUGCUAGUAUUCCGGUCGGCCAGGCUUACUACCUGCUCCACGAUUCCCCUUGGUACGCCAUCAAUAACCAAGAAAGCAUGACGGACACACAAAUCGCAGAAGCUAUCGCGAGACAGGGAGUCCUCCCGACUUACUGGAUCGGAAGGUAAAUAGGGUCAUACAAAGUGAGUCCCAAACCAACCCGAAGACAACAAAAGCAAAGCCUCGUACUCCCCCCCUAUAGUACCCGAUCGCUGAUAAUAGUCUAGCAGAUUCUCUACGGCUAGAAUAUUAAUAGACUCGAGACCGGAGGCUAGAAGUGUAUCGUUAGGUAUUGUACAACACGGCAUGGGCUGGACCCAUCGGCAAAAGUCAGGUCAAAGGUCGACUGGCUCGAUCACGGGGACGUUUAUAUUCCAUAUAUCAUCAUAAUAUCCCUUUUCGUCUGUAACAUUAACAUUAUUUCAUAGCAUGAUUCCUUGGUAGACAAAACGAUUUCCUAGGACAGAUCGUACGAUAGAUUGUUUUUUACCUAAAAAUAUACCUAAAAUUUGCUGGUUCUAGCUGCCCAUACUUCUUAUUGUCAUGUGCUGCUUUGUGGGCUGAGGUAUUUGAAGUCAGAUGCAUAUUCGCCUAAUAUACUAGCUCAUGCCAGUUGUUUCCUAAGAACCAC